GAUCAGGAAGUGUUGUGAGUGAGUCGCUGCUGAGAUAGCAGGGCAUGUAUUGAUGUUGUAUGAUGCCAGAUAAUCAGAGUUAUGUGUAAUCUGUGAGCGGGAUACUGACGGCGGGGGUCUCGCUGGUUUGACUGGUGGUUAUCUGAGCAGUGUAAAGUUUACCAUGGGCUCCGAGGAGGUUCUCAAGAGUGCUUCAGCUCUAGCCUCUUACAGCGUCCUGCUGCAGGUGAUGUUCCGCCUGCUGACCUUCUUCUUGAAUGCUUUCACUCUACGCUUCGUGUCUAAGGAGUUGAUCGGAGUGGUAAAUGUCAGGUUGAUGCUGCUCUAUACCACCCUGGUGUUUCUGUCCAGAGAAGCGUUCAGGAGGGCGUGUCUAAGCGGAGAAGGGGCGGGGCGAGACUGGAGACAAGUCAUCAACCUGUUGUGGCUGACGUUGCCCCUAGGCUGCCUAUGGGGUGUGUUACUGGUGUGUGUGUGGUGGUGGCUCCUCCAGGCUCCAGAUCCUCAGACUAUUCCACAUUAUGUCCCUGCAGUGGGGAUCUUCUGCCUGGCUGCUCUCACAGAGUUGCUGGCCGAGCCGCUCUGGGUCCUUGCACACGCACACAUGCUCGUCCGCUUAAAGGUGGUUGCUGAAAGUUUAGCCAUGAUUGCAAAGUGUGUUGUUACUGUGGUGAUGGUGGUGUCUGCCCCACAGUGGGGUCUCUAUAUAUUCUCUGCUGCCCAGUGUGUGUAUGCAGGGUUUCUGCUUCUCUGUUAUGUUGUUUACUUCCUACAUUUCCUUGGCUCAGAAGAGGCAGAGAAGAAGGCCUUUCCCCUGCAUAACAUUUCACAGCUCCUACCUACCAAAGUUAAUGGACAGCCUUUGAUAAAUUGGAAGCUUGCUACACUGACAUGGAGUUUCUUCAAACAAUCCUUCCUCAAACAGAUACUAACAGAGGGUGAACGCUAUGUAAUGACCUUUCUGAAUGUGCUCAACUUUGGAGACCAGGGCGUGUAUGAUAUAGUGAAUAAUCUUGGCUCGAUGGUGGCUCGUUUUCUGUUUCUGCCCAUUGAGGAGAGUUUCUAUGUUUUCUUCGCUAAAGUGUUAGAGCGAGGGCAAAAUGCACAACAGCAAAAACAGGAGGAGAUUUCCAUUGCUGCAGAUGUGUUGGAAUGUCUGCUAAAGCUGGUUCUCCUGGUUGGUCUGAUUAUCACUGCGUUUGGUUACUCCUAUUCUCACCUGGCCCUCGAUAUGUAUGGAGGAGAGCUUCUGAGCAGUGGGACAGGGCCUUCUCUUUUACGGUGCUACAGUUUUUACGUAUUGCUUUUAGCCGUCAACGGUGUGACGGAGUGUUUUGUCUUUGCUGCCAUGAGCAAAGAAGAAGUGGACAGGUAUAACCUGGUGAUGCUGGCCCUCUCUGCAUCCUUCCUGCUGCUUUCCUAUUGGCUGACUUGGCUUUUUGGGGGCGUGGGCUUCAUCCUGGCCAACUGCUGUAACAUGGGUCUGCGAAUCAUGCAUAGUAUAAUUUACAUACACAGAUUCUUCCAGCACAGUGACCACACCCCUUUGGCUGGACUCCGCCCACAUCCUGCUCUGCUAAUUACUCUUGUGAUAAGCUCCGUCCUCACAGCCUUCUCAGAGCGAAUGUUCUGCUGUGAUCACGGCUGGUUCCUGAGACUGGCUCACAUCACCACUGGAGCGGUUUGUUUACUAGCUGUGGUCACUGUAGUGUUUCUUACAGAAACAAGACUUGUUCAGUUCAUCAGAACUCAGCUACUUCCCAAGUACAGUAAAAAACACACGUGAUGGUUCAAGGUUCAAGCAUUGAGACUAAAUUGAACUGUAUGAGUUUGGUGUUCAGUAUUGGACCAAAUACAGCCUUAAAAAUUAAGGUAUAUGUGAGUAUGUGAAUACUGUACUAGUAAUCUAUAUAUAUUUUGAAUGUUUGGAUAAAUUCCUUUUAAGUUUUUUUUUUUUAUAUUGCAAUACCUCAAAAUAUAUUGUACAAUGCUUUACACUUAAUGAUUCUGGGUGAGCACCCACCACCACCCUGACCAGAAGAGUGGAUGAGUAGGUGGAUUUGUGGACAAUUCAAAAGUUUAUUGGCUUCUUUCAAAAUUAACAAAAAGUCUCAUUAAAGCUAAUCAAAUUAUAAACACAAAUAAUGAAAAGUGUACUGUUACUGACUUUUUAGGGCAUUUUUCAGUUUAUGAAAUGCAAAUCUGUUUUCAAAAGUUUUUUUUCUUUUUUUCUUUUUUUAACAGUAAACAACAAUUAAAAUUCUAAAGGCGGGGAA